AUGUCCGCAAGGCCCACUCAGAUAAAUGCAGGCCCACAAAGCGCAGCGCAGGCUGCAGCGCCCGUGAUCUCCGCCGGCGGCGGCGCAGCAACAGCAGCCCAGGGCCCCACAGGCUCUGGUGCACAGGCCACCAAAGGCCCAGCAACAAGCGGCUCAGCGUCCACGGCAGGGGCAGGCAACAGGAAGCAGAACCAUGGCGCGGGCGGUAAGGCGCGGAAGGGCGGGGCGGGAGGAGAUGCUGGCGGGAGCGUUGCUCAGCCGAAGCCGUCCGUGGGAGGGGCGCAGCAAUUUGAGCAUGCGAACAUGCAGUACCAUCAUCGCACAGAGCCCUGUCACGGCGCUUUCGAGAUCAUUCUCAGGGGAGCCGCGCUCAUCGAUACGCCGUUCCGCACCACGUCGGCGCCCCCCGCGGAACAAGCGCAGUUCAACUACCAGCAGAUAGCGUGGCGCAAUCAGACGCAGAUGCAGAUGAACAACAACGCGGCUGCUGCCGCCGCUGCCGCCGCCGCCGCUGGCGGCGGUGGCCCUCAGCAGCAGCAGGGGAUGCAGGGAGGUCCUAUUCCCGGAGGCCCCGGCCCGGGGGGCGGACAGAUGGGCCCCGUCCCCGGUCCCGGUGCAGGGCCGGGGAUGGCGGCCAAGGGGGCGGGAGGGGCAGGAGCACCCCAUCCGGGACAGGGGCAACAGCAGCAGCAGCAGCCACCGGGCGCCCAACAGCAGCCUCGGGGGAUGAUGGCUGGCGGCAGGCCGCAGAUGGGGCAGCCCGGCCCUCAGUACCAGAACAAGCAACAACAGAACCAGCAGCAGCAGCACCCGCACGGCCAUAACAUGCAGCAACGAGGGAUGAUGCCGCAGCAGGCGGGCGGCAGAAUGGGACCUCGAGGAACCAUGCAGCAGGGGCAAAUGCACAUGCAGCAGUUUGCCCCCGGAGGUCACCAGUUCGCGCAACCAGGCAUGAUGUAUCAGCAGCAGAUGGGGAUGUACCCGCAAGGGUUCAUCCCGCAGCAGGGGAUGGGAAUGCCGCAGGGAAUGCCGGGCCAAGUCCCAGGCCUCGCGGGGGGACCCCCCCCUCCGAGCCCCGGGGGUCCCCGAGGCUCGGCGGCCGGCGGCGGCGGCGGCGGCGCCACCCCGGCGGCUCCCGCGGCCCCCGGCAGCGCGGGCGGCCCGAGCGGUACGGUGGGGGUACCCCCGUCCCCCCUUGGGGGGCCCGCGGCGCCCCCGAAGAGGAGAGCCGCUCUCGAGAUCGUCGACCCGUCUACGGGAAAGCCCAUCGACUUCUCGGAGGGCGGCGGGAGGGGCGGGGGCGGGUUGGGCCCGCCGGCGGCGGGGGCGGCGGCCGACCGUGCGCCUGCCGCCGGUGCUGCGGUAGAGGUGUCGUUCGGCAGCUACAGCGACCCCGCUGCCGCGGCUGCCAAGACGGACGCCGACGCUAACGCGGCGGCGGCGAAGGAGGCUGCCGCUAAGAAGGAAGCAGAAGCAGCAGCGGCGGCGACAGCGGCAGCGGCAGCCGCGAAGACGAAGGCCGCUGAAGAGGCUAAGAAGAAGAAGGAGGCCGAGGAGGCCGCCGCCGCCGCCGCGAAAGCCAAGGCCAAGGCCGCCGCAGAGGAGGCACAGAAGCAAGCCGACUUGAAAAAGAAGGCGGCGGAGGAGGAGGCCCGCGCGAAGGAGGCAGAGGCCAAGAAGGCGGCGGCGGCGGCGGCGGCCGCUGACGCCAAGGCGGCCGCAGCGAAGAAGGCUAGCGAAGAUGCAAAGGCAGCCAAGGCUAAGGCCGACGCGGAGGAAAAGGCGGCCUCUGCCGCAAAAGAGGCAGACAAGAGGAAGGCAGCUCUUAAUACCACCACAAAGGCGGCUACAAACGGAGGUCUUGCGAAGGGUGGCAGCACCUCUCGCGCCGCUCCCGUUUCCCCGAAGCGGUCGCCCGCAACGGCCCCGGCGGCAACGGCCGCCGAUGCAGGCAGCAGCAGCAGGGCCAAGUCUCCGGAGGCGAGCCCCCCCGCCGCCGCCCCAGCGCCGGCGAAGAAGAUGAUGUUUCCGGCUCAGGCCGCGGCGCAGGCGGCUAGAAAUGCGGCCGUGGCCAGCGGCGACCGGCCGCCCCCGACGACGGACAGCUGGCACGAUGAGCCUGUGGCGGGCGGCGGUAGGGGGGGCGGCGGCGGUGGGUACCAAGGCGGCGGCGGGAGCAACUGGAAGCGCGGCGUCGCUGCGCCGAGAGAGCAGCAGGAAGACCGCCAGGGAGGCGGAGGGGGAGGGCGCGGCGGCGGCGGCGGAAGAGGCGGCGGGGGUGGCGGGGGAAGGGGCGGCGGUGGCGGCGGCGGCGGCGGCGGGCAGUUCGUGCCCCUUUACUCCGGGCCGGUGGAGCCGCUCAAGAAGUCGGCGAACGGGUGGGCGCCGACGAAGGACGACUCUCAGGAGGCGAAGUUCGACAAGCUGGCGGACCAGCUGCUGGACCUUCCGAUGGACUCGCUCAAGAUGCUGCGCACCCUGGUGCAGGCGGUGUUCGACAAGGCGCUCGACGAGCCGACGUUCGUGGACAUGUACGCCGACCUGUGCGUCCGGCUGAACGAGAGGAGCACGUCUUGGGCCUUCGUCAAGUCGAUCUACAACGAGGACGCGAACCAGUGGGUCUGGACGGCCGAAGUGGGCGUGGAGAUGGAAGUGCUCGGACCUUUCGGCAGCGUCGUGGAGGCGAUGGCCAAGGCUCAAGAGGACGGCGCGGAGCUGAAGCCCAUCCCCCUCCCUUACGAUAUGGAACUGGUAGAGAUGCGUAUUAAGGACAAGAAGUUCAUCAAGCUCAUGCAGGGCAAGGAACCAAGCCAGGUGAUUUGUUUGUGUUGGUAGUGUCGGCGUGGGUGGGGGAGGUGGGGGGGGGUGGGGGGGUGUACUCAUAGUCGUGCAUGCCGUAGUCGUUAGACCAUUGACCUCGCAUCCCUACAAAGCCGGGACGGAGCACGCCGGGUUCUCACCGGACCAGGCUCUCACAUCACCAAGCGCGAAGCGCCGUGAGGUAUUCGGCGAGUCGCAUGAAGGGUGAGCUGCAUCCUGCUAAGGGUGUUCGGCAUCUUGUGCUUACUUCCUUGCAUACGAAUGACAGCUGCGUAUGACUUAAUUUAUUUUCUGGUGGUUUC